AUGCCUCAACGUGAACGCAUCCCUACAUCCUGGGCUCUUGACCCCGCCAGCAAAGACCAAAGCUCCAAGCCAUCGGUUCAUCUGCGCUGCAACGACACUACCCUUCCCUUCGAAUUCUCCUUCGAAGCUGUCCGUCCAAAUGUCUUCCGCACAACAUUCACUUCCCCCACCCACCCUAUACCACCACAUCCCAGUGUUCCUCGCGCUGAGACGCGCCUAGACGAUGUUAAGCCCAGCGUGACAUCAACUGAGAAAGGCACCAAGAUCCAGAUUGGAGACGUCGUCGCCUGUGUCAACUACGCUGGAGAGACGCCGCUGCUGUCGGUGGGCUUCGACGGCCAGGAUCCUAUCCUCCAGGACCUCGCCAACAGAUCCUAUGCCGUCAACGGUGAUGGUGUCGCGCAUUAUACCCAGUACAAUCGCAAUACCUUCCACGCUGGCCUGGGAGAAAAGGCUGCGCCCAUGGACCUUUCAGGUCGGCGCUUUCAGCUAUCAGCAACCGACAGCUUCGGAUAUGACGUUCACCGAACAGACCCUCUCUACAAGAACAUUCCCCUCCUGAUCAACGCCACACCGCAAGGUUGUGUUGCCAUGUUCUCAACCAGUCAUACCAGAGGUGAAUACUCCAUCGGCUCUGAGAUGGACGGCAUGUGGGGCUUCUACAAAGUCUACCGUCAGGACUUUGGCGGUCUGGAGGAGUACAUCAUCACAGGAAAGACUCUGAAGGACAUCGUUCAGUCGUACGCCGAAUUGGCAGGCUACCCUCUGCUUGUUCCUCGCUGGGCCUUUGGCUAUCUUUCAGGUGGCAUGAAGUACUCCAUGCUCGACAGUCCUCCUGCCGGUGAAGCUCUGCUGGACCUGGCACACAAGAUGAAGGAGCAUGACAUUCCUUGCUCGGCUUACCAGAUGUCAUCCGGAUACACUGUGGCCGAACAUCCUCCCAAAAACCGACACGUCUUCACCUGGAACCAUCAUCGCUUCCCUAACCCUGAAGAUUGGAUCAAGGAGUACCACAAGCUCGGCAUGCGCCUCAUCGCCAAUGUGAAGCCGUAUCUCACUGCCAGCCAUCCUGAGUACGAGAAGCUCAGGGCCGCUGGCGGCCUGUUCUUCGAUCCCCACACCAAGAAGCCAGCCGUCACAAAACUCUGGAGUGCAGGUGGCGGCGAGAGAGAUGAUGGAGGCCACAUUGACUUUACUUCUGCUGCUGGUUACAAGUGGUGGUAUGACGGCAUUAAGAGGCUUGCCGAAGAGGGUAUCGACUGCAUGUGGAACGACAACAACGAGUACACCAUCCCCGACGACGAGUGGGAGUGCGCUCUCGAUGUUGGCAAGGAUUCCCUACAGGUUCCUGAAGGCCUUGAGAAGCGCCCUCAAGUUGGUCUCUGGGGUCGCAGCCUCCACACAGAACUCAACGGAAAGGCCUCGCACGAUGCCCUCCUCGCUGUCAACCCUGAUGAUCGACCCUUUGUGCUCACACGAAGUGCCACAUCUGGCACCCUCCGAUACGCCUGCAGUUCAUGGAGCGGUGACAAUACGACAAGCUGGGAUAGUAUGCGAGGCUCGACCGCACUGUCUCUAACCGCCGGUCUCUGUCUGAUGCACUGCUACGGACAUGACAUCGGCGGCUUUGAAGGCCCGCAACCUUCACCUGAGCUUCUCCUUCGAUGGAUCCAACUAGGCAUAUACUCCCCUCGCUUUGCCAUCAACUGCUUCAAGACAGGCGAAGACAACUCCGUUGGCGACGUGAUUGAGCCCUGGAUGCAUCCAUCUAUCACUCAUCUCGUGCGAAAGACCAUCAAGCGUCGUUACGCUCUGAUCCCUUACAUCUACUCUUUGUCUCUGGAGAGUCACCAGAGUGCUUUGCCCCCGCAGAGGUGGCUUGGAUGGGGCUACGAGGCUGAUCCCCAAGUCUGGAAGCUCCUCGAUGGAGAAACCCAGUACUGGUUGGGUGACUCGAUGCUAGUGGGCGGAGUGUUCCAACCUGGAGCCAGCAAAGCCAAGAUCUACCUCCCCAAGGCCUCGGAUGACGACGAGGGCUACCUGAACCUCAACGCCCCCUACCAAUACCUUGAAGCUGGUCAAUGGGUUGAGCUCGAUGCAGAGUGGCACGGUGCAGGUAUUCCAGUGCUGGGCAAGGUCGGCCGAGCCAUCCCUGUAGGUCGCGAUGUGCAGGUACUCUCUCCCGGAGAGAAACAGAACGUAGCAAACCUACCCCUCGACGACUACCGCGCCGUUGAGAUCUUCCCUCCCCAGAAGAUAUCGCGCGAUGGAAAGUGGCACGAGACGACGUGGUACGAAGACGACGGCACGUCGGUUGCCACGAAGAACAGGAUCUCUUCUUACACUGUUGCUUAUACAGCCACACGGUCUGAGGUCAAGGUCAAGCUAACACGAGAUGAGUCUUCUGGCUUUGAAGCGCCUUGGAAGAGCUUGGUGGUUGUUCUGCCACACGGCGAUUUGAGGACGGUAGUGAGCGAGGAUGCGAAGGAAGUGGUGUCUUUGGGGAUUACUGAGGAGGGGAGAAGACGAUUUGAGCUAAAGUAG